GCAGCUGUACACUACUAGCCUUGACAAGCUUGAAUUGAAUUGAAUUGGACUUUUUGCGCCUGGCUCUUGUAUGGACUCUGGACUGGCUUGUGCAGUGGACAAUCCGACCGACGAUUGAUUGAUUAUCCUCCAACUGCCCUCAUCCCAAGCUCUUUUCGCCAGCUCUACCUACCCACCUCUCCCCCCCCCUCGUCGACUCCAUCACCCCCGACGCCGUCUUUCUUCCCUAGGUCAAAUUGGGUUGGACAAUGGCUGCCAGACUUGCUUUCCAACGGCGCGCCGCCCGGGCUACCGCCGCCGCCCUCGUCGGCUCCUUUGCCCUUGUUCCCACCGUCGCCUUCGCCGAAGCCUCCGAGAGCCGUGCCUCUGCCAAAAAGCCCAUCUACGACGAUGACUUCGAUGUUGUGCCAUCCACCCCUUCCUUCACCUCCGCCGAGACCACAAAAGACGUCAGCUCUCCUGCCGCUGCCACCCUAAACGCUCCCGUCACCACCAAGUCUUCGACCAGGUCCGGCGAGAGGACUUUCACUGAUAGCCUCAUUGACGUCCUCGCCAGCACCAACACCCCCCGCGGCCCUACCCCUACCGACCGUCUGGCCGCCCAGAUCCGCCGUGCCCGCCUGUUCCUCUACAAACAAGCCUGCGUCGCCGAGGACGCCGUCAACGCCGGCAUGUCUCGCGCCUUUGACCUCGAGCACUCUUUCACCUCCACCGUUGCCGGCCUUGCCCCUCCCCGUGAGAGCGGCGAGCGCCUCAUGCCAGGCCUCAUCUACGUUCUCGUCUCGGGUAUGGCCGGUAGCAUCGUUGCGCGCAACCGCAACGUUGUCCUCCGCGGCGCUACCCCUCUCGCCUUCGGUCUCGGCGCCGCUUGGGUCGUCCUCCCCGUCACCAUGAACAACGUCAGCUCGCUGGUGUGGAAGUACGAGCAAAAGUUCCCCGCCGUGGCGGACGCGCACAUCAGGACCCGCGAGGGCAUCGAGAAGGGUAUCUACAUGGCCAAGGUGCACGCCGAGAUUGCGCAGCACAAGGUCGAUGAGGCGGUUACCAGCGUGAGGGAGACGGUUGAGGGAUGGGUUCGCAAGGGCAAAUAAAUCAUCGCAGCAUUGUCACUUAUAGAGAAAUGGGAACUAGGGAAAGUGGAUGAUGGUUGUGAAAAAAAAGAGUAUCAAGAGCGGGCACAGGCACGUGGGGCUGUGACCUGUGUGUUUGUGUGUGUGUAUAUAUGUACACAUGUUAGGAAUAGCUGGGCGAUUCCAAGUGAAAGCGGAAAAUAGAGAUCGUGUUAAGUUUCAGGCGCGAGGGGAGCUCCUCUGCCAUGUAUAUUGUCCGAUAUCACAUCAUGCUCACCUUUUGCCACCAUUGAUGUUUAUUUUGUUAGCGUCACUCAGGGGCUGUCUCACAGGCUUGGCACGUGUUCCGCUUUGGGAAAUCAUCAGGCAGCUCCUGCAUGUCAGCGGCUGAAGGAUAACUUUGACUCG